AUGAAAAAGAUGGCAGAACGCCCAGGAUCCAGCCCUGGCCUCAACAUCUCUUCCAAGAGGGCCAAAACCGGGGCUGUGACAGAAGAACCCACAGCGCCAGUUUUCAUCCGGAAACUCCGCAAGGCAGCGGUGGGCACUGGGUGUGAUAUUCGCUUGAGGGUGUCGGUGGCAGGAUUUCCAAAGCCCAACCUGGUCUGGUACCACAACGAUGAGCUCCUUCCCCCGUCGGAAGCCCAGGACUCAGGGGGACUGUGGAUACGGGACUGCCACACAAGUGAUGCUGGCCUGUACACUUGCGUGGCCACCAAUGAGCUGGGGGAGGCGAGCAGCAGUGCUGUCUUGGCCAUUAUGGACCUCGGAGAAGACUCAGAGACCACUGAGGAUGAGGCCACCGAACCUCAGGUACCGAUGGAAAACAAGGAAGGGCCCGGGAAGCACCAAGACAAGGCUGGCCGGAGAGGGCCCGCAGGUGAAGGAGGAAGGCUGAUGGACUUUAACCCAGAUGGUUCAGAUCGCAGGGCCACCCUCCCUGGUGGCUAUGACCCUGUGGUGGAGCGAGAGCUAAGAGCUCUGGGCUCGCGUCCUCCGGGGUCCCACCUGGACCCCACAAAUCCCACCAGGCAAGCCCUCGGUGGGGGUCCCACCGAGGGGGCCCCCCCUGUCCGCCACCUCGGUGUGGAACCACUGAUCCGGGCGUCUCACGCUAACCUGGCCCGGCCCGUUCAGGGGUCAGAGGAAAGUGUGUCCGUAGGCAGCGAUUACUAUGGGAGCAUGUUCAGCCUCUACAGAGGGAGAACAUUUUCUAUGCCGUUAUAUGCACACAAAAACAGUAUCAGUACACCCAACCAAAACCAAUCCAUGGGAGGCGCAGUGGCCAAAACGAAACCUUCAGACUCUCGUGCCCAAUCCCCUAAGACAGACCACGCAUCUAGCACAAGUGUUAACAGUGGUGUAAUGACACCCAAACUGGCUCGUGCAGGGCCUGCAAUUUUUGACAAGGUCAGAGCUUUCGAGGAGCGGAGGGCGAGCGUGGAUUUACCAGGAGGGGGUUCUUCUGUAUCCGGCCGCUCUCUGGCCAGAGUGGGACGGGCAGCUUCCUGUGAUUCAGAUGAUAGCAGUCGGAAGACAGCAGGCCCCAGCAAGGAAGAGGGACGAAUCCUGCAGGGUGCCGCCCAGAGACGAGCAUUGUUCAAACAGCGGGCCUCCUCUUUAGAGGAUAAGACCAGCUAUGCUCAGAGGGUCCAAAGCUUCCAGAGCAAAUUCACUGAGGAGCUCCAGAGGAUCAAGAAGCUGGUGGGGAAACCCAGCUUGAAGAAGGCAUAUUCCACCGAGCAGCUGCCACAGACAGAGAGGCUGACCCUGGGCAAGGUAGAGCCCAUUCCUCCCCAAGUGGUUAAAAAGCUUGAAGCAAGGGAGCGAGCCCUGGGAGAGAGAAAGGAGGAGAAGAGAGAGGAUGACACUAAACUACAAAUUUCUCUCCAGUCCCAAGACAAAUGUCUGCAGGAUCAAAGAAAGGAACCUCAGAAGGAGAUGAUGACACAGCCAGAUUCACAAGAGAAACCAGUAGAUAGCUCAUCACCACAAUGCAUGGGGAAAAUCUCUGUUACCAUGGAGACAGCACUGGUUCACCAGUUACCAGGGCAACCAUUGCCAACAGUCACAAGGAAAAGCCCAACCAGGGAAACCCUCCAGAGCUCUCCAGCAGCAAAGCCCUCCCUUGCAGCUGACAAGGACACACUUGUCGCCACAUCCCCAAAGCCCUCACCCCCUUCCAGAGAUCUGGGGCAACCUCAAUUUGAGGAGGAUUCUAAGAGGAGCAUCAAGAUAAACAACACAUCAGACCACAGAUCACCCAGCCCAACUGAGAAGAGAGUCUCCCCAGUCACUGUCAGGGAGCCGGGGUCCCAGUACCCGUCCAAGCCGCCCCGACUCACUCCAUCGCCAACCCCUUCCGUCAGCCCCCUUCUGAAAAGGAGGAAGGCUGACGUGGGGCGGACUUCUCCUGCUCUGAAAGUGACCAUCCCCACUAUCCUACUGGAGGAUGAACCCAUGGAGGCAGAGUGUGCUGGAGACAGGAGAGAUGAGAGGAAGAGAAGCAAGACUGGGAGGAAGGAGGGGAGGAGUCGCAAAAGCAAGAAAGGGCGUUCUGGUCGUCCCACAUCUCCAGAGGAAGGGGACUCAUCCGAUGACUCCUACAUGUCUGCUGAUGAGGGACCGACGGAGGGCCCGCGGUUUGAGAGACCCCUGGUUGACACCACAGCACAGACUGGCUCUGAGGCCACUCUGCAAUGCAUCAUCACUGGCAGCCCACCCCCUACAGUGACAUGGAGGAAGAGUAAUGUGGAGAUAAGGAGUGAUGCGUUCCAUGUGGUUAAGGCUGAGGGGGAGAGGCACAGCCUGGUGAUAAAGCGGAUGAGGCCGAACAACGCGGGGACGUACUGCGUCACAGCUGUCAACACGGCGGGCAGGGCGUCCUGCAGCGCCACGCUCUACAUCCAAUCAGAGCCAACCGCGUCCCUGGAAGUCACUAGUCCCAUCCAGUCGGACGAGGAGUACCUGAGCCCUCAGGAGGAGGCGAUGGAGCUUGGGGACUCGCCUGUCCAAACUAAAAGUGUCCACUUCAAGGAACCUCCCUCAUUUCAGGUGGCGCCAUGUGACCAAUGGGUGUUCGAGGGACAAGACGUUAUCAUCUCAGUGAAAGUGAGAGGGCAGCCCAAACCCAUGGUUUCCUGGUUGAAGGACAGAGCCCCGGUGAGGACCGCUGGGCGAUUCGCUGUGCGUGAGACAGAGGACGGCACGAGUGAAAUGAGAAUCAGCUCUGCUCAGCGGUGUGACGCCGGGGUUUACGCUUGCAAGAUCAUCAACGAGUAUGGAACCAAGCAGAUGGACUGCCGACUGGAGGUCAAAGCGGCUUCAGCACAAACGUCUUUGUCCAUCACCAAAGAGGUGGAGCACGUGGCAGUGAGGGCUGGGGAGUCAGCCAUGUUUGAGUGUCACAUGACGGGGCCUCCAGAUGUCGAGGUGGACUGGCUGUCCAGUGGGAAGCUGAUCCAGCCGGCGCUGCUCAACUGCAAGAUGCAUUUUGAUGGCAAAAGGUGCCGUCUCCUGCUAAAUUCAGUACACGAGGAUGAUAGUGGGACGUACACUUGCAAGCUGAGCACUGCCAAAGAGGAGUUGACCUCUAGUGCACGCCUCACCGUCACUCCCUCCAGGGAGCCCCUGUUCACCCGCAAACUGGACAUCCUGGAGGUCAUUGAAGGUCGCACCGCCCGGUUUGACUGCAAAGUCAGCGGGUCGCCUGCACCCACUGUCACCUGGAUGCAUUUUGAGACGCAGGUGGAGGAGAGUGAUAACAUACGUGUGCUUCAAGAGGGGGGGCGCCACUCGCUGGUCAUCGCUCACGUCACCAGCGACACAGAGGGCUUCUACACAGCCGUCGCUCAAAGCGCUCACGGGAAGUCUGAAUGCACCGCCGAACUGUACAUGCAAGAACCUCGAGCUGCCAUCUCUUCUCACAUGGCUAAAUUGGAGAAGAUGCCAUCCAUCCCAGAGGAACCGGAGGUCCUGGAGAGUGAGGUGGAGAAGAGGACCAUGCCGGACUUUAUCAAACCUCUGGCUGAUGUGGAGGUGAUCGAGGGGAGGGAGGCAGUGCUGAAAUGCAAAGUGGCGGGCAUGCCUUACCCAACCAUCACCUGGUACCACAACGGCAAAUGCAUCGACAGCAGUGAAGAACGAAAAAUGACCCAGUACAGGGAUGUCCACAGUCUGGUCAUUCGGAGCGUCUGUCACGCUCAUGGGGGCGUCUACAAGAGCGUCAUCUCCAACAAGCUGGGCAAGGCAGCCUGCUACGCACAUCUAUAUGUCACAGAUGUUGUUCCUGAUGCCCUUGAUGGCCCUCCAGAGAUUGAGGCCAUCACAGGGAAAACUAUAAGCCUCAGCUGGAAGAGACCAAAGAGGCUUGACCCUUCAUUAGACACCAGCUCCUUGCUGUACACAGUCCAGCAGCAGCCUCUUGGCUCUAUCCAGUGGUCCGUUGUAGCCUCUAACCUGAGGGAGACAAGCUACACCGUCACCUCACUGUCCAAGGGAGUCCGCUAUGCUUUCAGGGUCCUGACAUCCACCGGCAAGACACUCAGCAAACCAUCGCCCUCCACUGACCUGGUUCAGCUCGUAGACAGAGGACCCUAUUUAAGGAAAGCACCAGUCAUCUUGGACAAGCCUGACAUCGUGUAUGUGGUAGAGAACCAGUCUGUGAACAUCACCAUCACCCUCAAUCACGUGCAUGCAGUCGUCACCUGGAAAAGGAGGGGCGUGGUGUUGACCAACAGGCCAGGGAUGUAUGAGAUGAGCAUGCCAGACGAUGAUCAGCACACCCUGAAGCUUCAGCGAGUCCGUAGCACAGACAUCGGACAGUUGGUGGUGACGGCUAACAACCAGUUUGGCAGCGACCUCUGCACGCUGCAGCUGGCCAUGGCAGUGCCGCCUAAGUUUGAAUCCAUCAUGGAGGAUUUGGAUGUGGAUAUUGGAGAAACGUCUCGUUUGGCUGUUGUGGUUGAGGGGAAACCAGACCCAGACAUUCUGUGGUAUAAGGAUGAUGUGCUUCUCUCUGAGAGCAGCCAUUUCACAUUUGUGUAUGAUGACCCCGAAUAUUCUCUUGUGGUUCUCAACGCCCGUCCAGAAGACUCUGGCGUGUACACCUGCACUGCAAAGAACUUGGCUGGCUCCAGCAGCUGCAAGGCCGAACUCACUGUUCACACAGAGCGAAAAGAAGUGGCAGAGCCAAUGGAGGACGAGGGCUCUAUUCUCAGGAAGAUGAGGCGUUUGACUGAUUACUAUGACAUCCACAAAGAGAUAGGGAGGGGGGCUUUCUCCUAUGUGAAGAGGGCGACACAGAAAAAGGGAAAGGCUGAGUUUGCUGCCAAGUUCAUUUCUGCACGAGGCAAGAGGAAGGCCUUGGCUCUCAGAGAGAUGGGUUUGCUGUCUGAUCUGGACCACGAGAGGAUCCUCUAUUUCCAUGAUGCCUUUGAGAAGAAGAGUGUUGUGGUGCUCAUCACAGAGUUAUGUCAUGAAGAAUUGCUGGAAAGAAUGGCCAAGAAAACAACAGUCAUGGAAUCAGAGAUCCGGUGUAGUGUUCAGCAGGUUUUGGAGGGUCUUUGUUAUCUUCACCAAAAAAGCAUUGCCCACCUUGAUAUAAAGCCAGAAAAUAUUUUAAUGGCAAGUCCUGGUAGUGACCAGAUCUGCAUAUGUGACUUUGGUAAUGCCAUGAAACUGGAGACGUCAGAAGACCACUACUGCAAAUAUGGCACGCCAGAAUAUGUUGCACCAGAGAUCGUUAACCAAACUCCAGUCUCCACGGCAACAGACAUCUGGCCUGUUGGUGUUAUCACUUACCUCUGUCUAACUGGCGUAUCUCCUUUUGCUGGUGAGAAUGAUAGAGCCACUGCCUUAAAUAUUCGUAACUACAAUGUGGCUUUUGAGGAGAGCAUGUUUUCUGACCUCUGCAAAGAAGCAAAGGGAUUUGUCAUUAAGCUUUUGGUGGUGGACAGACUGAGACCCAGUUCAGUUGAGUGCCUUCGUCAUCCUUGGUUUAAGUCAACAACAAACAAAAGCAUCAGCACAGCAAUGCUAAAGCAAGUCUUAUCUAGAAGGCGAUGGCAGCGUUCUCUGAUCAGCUAUAAAUCCAAGAUGGUGAUGCGGACCAUCCCAGAGCUCCUUAAUGACUCAUCCAACCACAUCUCCAUUGCUGUGGCCCGGCAUUUGAAAGAAGGCUCUCCCCCACCCUCCUCAUCCUCUGAUUCAGAUGAAGAUGUGGAUGAGCUUCCCUUCAUUCCCAUGCCACUGUCCAUGGUCUUUUCUGGUUCCAGAGUUUCCCUUAAUGAGAUCCCAGGGGAUGAGGAUGUCACUGGACAGUCCAAUGGUACUAUUGAUGGGAUAACUAAAAGGGAGGAUAGGGAAGUGGCCAGUGCAAGAGGAGGGACCAAUAAGAGAAUAACAGAGGGAGAGGAGAGCCUAAAUGAGGAGAAAAUGAUGAAGACAGUACGAGCUCCCCUCAAGAAAGGAUCUAGUGUUGAGUCAGAGGAUUCACAGACUAAGUCCAGGCGAGCUACUAUGAGGAGGGGCAGUUCAGCUGAUUCAGCACUGCUUCUCCACAUUGGUCCAGAAGAGGGAAAUGCCAGUGAAGACUCAGAGACAAGUAAAAAGAGCCUGAAAAAGGCUGUUUCCAUGGAGCUACCCAAUCGCAGCCCAAGCCCCGGGGCAGCUAAGUUAAGCCAAGAGGAUUAUGCCCUAAAACUGGAACUGAUGAGACAGCGACUGCUCAGGGGAGGAAGCAUGGACAAGAAGAUGAGCGGCCUGAGAGGCCCCUUGUUUGAAACACUGGGAAUGGAUGAUGAAAAGCGAACAGGGUCUCUUGAUCGGAAUUUGAGGAGGUCCCGAGUGGGACCACCAACCCUGAUUAGAGCUGCAUCAUCUGAGAGUCCUGGAGAGGAUAUUCCAAAGACCAAAGUUUUUCAGAAAAGCGCCUCCUUCACCCAGGGGGAUUCUGAGCCCAUGCCGCUGCACAGGAGGUUUGGAGCCCCCUUAGAAAUCCCAUCCGCAGGCCAAAGUAGCUUAGAAGGAAAGAAGCUCCAAGAGGCAACCUCGAUGUCCGCACUAACAGAGCAGGCAACACUUGAGUCUACAUCUGCCUCACCCACAGAAAGCACCUCUUUUGUAAUACCCACCUCAGAAAGAGUGGACCAAAAGCAAAAGCAGCACAGUGUGAAAGAAGUUAAAGAGAUGCAAAGUACUGAUGAGAGGAAUGCUAAAAUAGAUGAGAUAUCAGUGACCAAAGAUCGAUUAGAGAAGACAGAUAAGGAAGAAUCAGUUAGUUUGCAUUCACAGGAGAGGUCACCCUCUGUACUAGCUCCUAUAAUUGUCAUAGAGGAGGACGAUGAAGAUGAAGAGCAGAAAGAUAAUCAGGAAUUAAAUGAAGAAGAGGUAAAACAAAAUAAAGAUGCACCCACAGUUACACCUCAACAUAGUAAACCGUCAUCUGCAUAUGCAAGCGUUAUGCAAACUAUUGUAGUUCCUUCUGAAAAAGAUGACAGCAACCAAUCCAGAAGUCCAACUGUUACUAGAACUACAAGCACACCUAAAGAAACAAAAGAUGCCCCCACAUUACCUGAACAUCCUGCUGUAUUUUCCAAAGUGGCAAAUACUCCCAGUUCUCCUUCUACAUCAUCCACCCCUGAUCAUCUUACUACCCCUCGACAGCCUGUGCUCAGAACAGACAUCAAAGACAUUGACUCAGAAGAGGUCUUUGAAGCCAGGUUUAAGAAACGAGAGUCGUCUUUGACCCGUGGCCUUCGAAAACUGACCAGGAACAAAUCUGAGGAGAAAUCACCUGUACUAAGCCGGAAGGCGGGUGAGGGGGGUGAGGACGUUUAUAGGCCUGGGCCAAUAGGGGCACCUCUUGAAAUGGUAUCCAAAGGACUUAAGGAGAAAUCCAAAUCUGUUCAAGAUUUGAGGGAGGCAGAGAAGGAAACAGGCCUGGGUCUUAUUGGGAGGUUGUCCAUGCGCGCUAAGAGAUCAUCAUCUGUUGAUAAGAAGUUUGAUAAACCAAAAGAGGAAAAGACAAGGGAGGACAAGCCUAGAGAGGAAAAGCCUAAGGAGGUGACAGAAGCUUUGGCCAGCAAACGGAGGGUUUCUUGGGCUAUUGGUCGCAGUAAGUCCUUGGAUACAAAAGAGCUGGACAGUGCAGGGGCACAGAGACAAUUAGAUGAGAGAGAACAAAGAAAGGCUGAAGAGUCAUCUGUUUUUGCUAUGCGACGUAUGUUUGAGUCCAAAGUGGCAGGAAUUUCUGCCAAAAUAAGGACCCAGUCAGAAGAGAGAAAGGAUAAAGAAGCAAAUAUGCGAGUUCAAGGUAAUCAGAAAGAGCUGGAACAAAAGGAUUUCAAAAAGGUCAGUGACUCCCCUGUCCUGGCAAUGCGACAUAAAUUUGAGAACAAAGUGGCAGGAAUGUCCACAAAAGUUCGCAGUCAGUCUGAAGAGGGAAGAGGGGAUGCUGAGUCAAAGUCAGAAGGAAAAAGAACCCCUCUGUUUACUCGCCAUCGUCAUUCCCAGUCAGAGGGACGUGGCCUCAAAGGAAUGGGCAUUCCUGAGAAUCAGCUAGCAAAACAGACAGGCACUGGUGCAUCUAAGGAAUCAAUUGAUUCCACUAAUAGCAUUCCUUCUGAAAAAGUCUCUCGCACUCCAGAGAGUGACAGGCGAUCUCGAUGGGACAGGUGGGGCUUGACAAGAAAUAAGAAAGACAAAACCCCCUCCCAGUCUGAUCUCCCUUCAUCUGUCUCCAAAGAUCAGGAUUUGUCCAACCGGCAACAGUUUACCCGCUCUGCUUCAGAUUUUCCCCCCGUGUUUCACAUCAAGCUGAAAGACCAUGUCUUACUGGAGGGAGAUCCUGUCACUCUUAGCUGUCUUCCAGCUGGCAGUCCACAUCCACAAAUAGUGUGGAUGAAAGAUCGGAAACCACUGGAGGUGGAUGACAGAAUGAACCUGAUCUCCCACCCAGAUGGCAGGCAGCUCCUUAUGAUAAUGAAGACAAGUCGGAGAGAUGCUGGACUGUAUGAAUGUAUAGCUACCAACCCCAUAGCCACCAUCACCAGCUCCUGUACAUUGUCCCUAGCUUGUGUCCCUAAACGUCCAGGGACCCCUGAGAUCCCCCAGGUUUACAACAACACUGCCCUCGUGCUUUGGAAACCAGCCGACACCAAGGCCCCCUGCACCUACACACUGGAAAGGAAGACAGAGGGAGAUGCCAACUGGCUGAUCGUAGCCACUGGAGUGGUGGACUGCUACUACAACGUGACAGAGCUGCCACGAGGGGGCACCUUCAGGUUUCGUGUUGCCUGUGUCAACAAGGCCGGACAGGGACCUUACAGCAGCUGCUCUGCUCCUGUCAGUCUAGACUCAAAAGUUGGAGGAGCCUCACCAGCCGUGGCCAUCGUGAAGACAGUCCCAGCCCCGCACACAGCAGGGGCCACCUCCCCACUAACUGUCCCUCCCAUCACACCGGCCCACACCAACCCUCCCUCUAAAACUGGCUCCACCGCCUCCUCCUCUCCCACAAGUGCAGCUUCCCCACAUGCCUUCCCUCCACCAGCUACCACCGCAGCCUCCAAAAUGGCAGCCACAGCUACCUCUCCAUCCUCUGCACCUUCCAGCUCGACAACAAACACUCCAGCAUCACCAUCCACAAGCCCCAUGAUCCAGGAGGCUCACACAGUUAGCUCCACCCUUCCCUCUUCACCCACAGUCAAGCCGCCUCCACCCUUUGUCCUGCCAAAACCUCAGAGCCCGGUCAAUGUUGUGUCACCCAUGACCCAGAUACCACCUGUAACCCCCCCACCCCCUCUCGUCACCCCGCCUUCCACCCCCACCAAGCCGGCCAUGGGCUCAGUGCCCACCUACAUCCCCACUACCACCACCGCUCGCGUGGCCCCCACCCCCGUCUCAGCUCCCACCUUCUCCCCUCAAGUGCUCCAGGUCUCCAGCCUGAGCCCCAUCGGUGAAGGGACCAGCACCCCCAACCAAGGGACCCCCUCGGGACGUGCCACGCCCUCCACCUCUCUGCGACAGGGGGUCCCGCAGAAACCCUACACCUUCCUCGAUGAGAAAGCCAGGGGUCGGUUCGGCGUGGUGCGGGAGUGCCGCGAGAAUUUGACAGGCAAAGUCUACAUGGCAAAGAUCAUUCCGUACGACCAGGAGAACAAGCCAGAGGUGCUGAGGGAGUACGAGAUCCUCAAGUCCCUUCACAACGAGAAGGUCAUGGCUCUACACGAAGCCUACGUCACGCCUCGCUACCUGGUGCUGGUGGCAGAGUACUGCACGGGCAAAGAGCUGCUGCACAGCCUCGUCGACAGGUUCCGUUACUCUGAAGACGACGUGGUGGGCUACCUGGUCCAGAUCCUGCAGGGAGUCGAGUACCUCCACAACCGCCGCAUCCUCCACCUGGACCUCAAGCCGGACAACAUCAUGGUGACCAACCUCAGCGCCGUCAAGAUCGUGGACUUUGGGAGCGCUCAGAACUUCAAUCCCCUCAAUCUCACGCAGCACAACUCUGGAAUAGGAACACUGGAAUAUAUGGCUCCCGAGUUGGUGAAAGGCGAUGUGGUGGGGCCUCCUGCUGAUAUUUGGACUGUUGGGGUUGUCACCUACAUCAUGCUUAGUGGCAGGCUGCCUUUCCAAGAUAAAGACCCUCUACAGACCGAAUCCAAAAUCCAGAUGGCAAGGUUUGACCCAACAAAACUAUAUCCAAAUGUGUCCCAAAGUGCCUCUGCCUUUCUCAAGAAAAUGUUGAGCAGCUACCCUUGGGCCCGUCCGACCACGAGGGAUUGCUUCACGCACGCCUGGCUGCAGGACUCCUACCUGAUGAAGCUGCGGAGGCAGACUCUCACCUUCACCACCAGCCGGCUCAAAGAGUUCCUGGUGGAGCAGCAGGCCCACCGCACAGAGAGCUCCACCAAGCACAAGGUCUUGCUGCGCACCUACCAGAGCUCACCCCAGUCCCCCACCUCUGGCUCAACGCCGCACGUUCCCGGGCCAAAGUGACAUCAGCGGGGGAGAGUAUCUGUUUCAGUUUGAAGUACCAGGCAUCGGUGCUGAGUCCCGCCCACCGCCAAGCAAAACAAACACCUCUUUUUUUGCAUAUUUUACGCCAUUAAACCUUGUAACUCCCCCUGAAGCACUGCUGCGUUUGAAAAUGUCAGCCUGCCAAGAGAGUUACAGGUGAGAAGAGGAGACGGGCAGACAGCCAGGUAUCUAAAAGACCUCAGAAGAGACUGGUGUCCACUUUGGAUUUCAGGAGGAACACUAACAGGACUCAACAAAAACACAUAUCCUAAGUCAAGAGAGCCAGACUGCCAUUUGAUGUUGAUAUCAGAUGGAAAAACUUCAACUCUCUUUCAACUCAACAGUUUAAUCCACUGACAGGACACUGACAGGUGUUCUUGGGUUUUCUUGGAUUGAUUGCACGAUUUCUCAUUUUCUUUAAUUUGUUUUUUUUUUUUUUUUUUCCAGAUGAGGUGCGUUUUCCUUCACAAACCUCUGUCACAUUGUGAACUCUGAAACUGCAUAUUGAUAUUUGAUUUAGCUAAACACCCUUCCUCACUCUGCACGAUCCGCCUGGAACAUGUCUGUCCAUGUUUAGAGCACAUUGUGUCGCUAAAUUUGGUAGUAAACUACUCAUGUGAAUGUACCAUGAUUUAAGCUGCUAAUUUAUUUUGCAUUUACUUACACAUUUUAGAACUCCAAACCAAAAACCUUAUUUUUUUUUUUUCUUGAAGUUGUUUACUUUUUCAUGUUAAUUUAUUUAUUUGCAUGUGUGUGUGGGCGCGAGCAUUUUUGAAUCACUUUUCAAAUUAGUGUCGAGGCAAAAAAUAAGGAGUGUCUUUGUGGUUGGUGUUAGGAUUCACACAGUAAAAAAUGAACUAUGUUAGAGUAACCUAGCAAUUUGUGGUAAAAACUUAUUGUUCUGUGGUUAAAUCUGAAGUUAUCUGUAAUACAAUUGUAUGAAAAACAGUCAAUAAUGUAGAUAACAUUUUACUUGGAAAAGUCAUACACACUGGUAAAUUGCUGUGGUUUCUCAGUAUUACCCAUUGGUUGGUCAGGUUGCUCGAAGCAUGAUCACCCAGUCAGUGCCUAAAACGGAUCAAUAUCCAAAAUAUUUAUCGUGUAAAUGUGCAGUCAUCGCUUCUAAUUCACAUUAGGUGAGAUAUUUUGAUUUAAACUAAGCAAAAAUUUGACUCUACUGAAUAUUUGGACGUGGUAUUAACAGACAGAUACACAGAUUCUCACAUGCAUACAUUUACACACACACAUAGCACCAGGCAUACACACCUGCGGUACAUGCAGUCCUUGUAAUAAUGGAAUGUCUUGUGCAUUGCUCUAUCACAGUGUUCCUUUUUGUAUGAAUUUGAACGGUUUCAGAUUUGUAAAUGUACCAAUUUGCGGUGUUUAUAUGUGGACAAAGUUGAAAAUGUUUUUAUGGGAUAGUAUGUAAUAAACUAUUGAUACAAUUGGAAAACUGGACUUGUUUCUCUCAACCAGCAGGAUGCAGUUUUUCUGGAUACUUGAGAGCGAUAGCAAUCCCAGUGAUUUAGCCAUUUCUUUAUGCGUUUUUGGCUGGUUUUGUGCCACGGAGGAUAAAUUACAAGAAAGAGCACAUACUGUACUGUGACUUGCUUAAGUUACAAGGAAUAAAAUUUGUCCCAGAUUAGCCUGUGAGGGGUGAUUGCAUCCAAAUGAACCCAACAGUGACGCAUUUAAAGAGAAAACCAUUCAGAAUAAGUAUGAGGUGGAUAUACAAUAUGUGAAUGCUGUUAAAUAUCAGUAAUUACUGACUUGUGAUUAAAAGUGUUCUAAGCUCUCCAGUGUACACCCAGAUAAUAAGCUC